AUGGGGCCCGGGCCGGCUCUCCUGCUCCUGGGCCUGGGCCUGGGCCUGGGCUGUGGGCCCGGCCGCCGGCCUCCGCCCCCGGCUCCCGCGCAGGCGCCCGGCUCGCCGUCCCGAGGCCUCCCCGGCCCGACGCCCGCCUCGGCCCGGCGUGCCCCGUCCGACACCCGGGCCCUCGUCCAGGCGCGGCGCCCGGAGGCCGCGCUCCGCUCGGUCGCGGCCCCCCGGGACCCCGGGGAGCGGGGCGCAGGCUUUGGCGGCCUUGGAGCCGGCCGCGCCCGCGUCAGCCUCCGGGCCCGCGCGGCCCCGGGCGGCGGCAUCGUCCUGAGCGGCCGCCGCGGCCUCUGCCUGCCGGCCGGGCGGCCCCCGAGCCUCGCGCCGCGCUGCCUCCGCGCGCACGUCCAGGUGCGCGCCCGCCGCGCCGCCGCUCACGCCGCGCCCGCGCCCGCGCCCGCGCCGGUGGACCUGCAGCUGUCCGCGCCCGGCGGGCGGCUCUCCCUGCGCUGGCUGUCCCGCCUGCCGCGCUCGCUCGGGCCUCUGGAGUGGACCUUCCGCCUCGGGCUGCUCGGGCCCGCGGCCGCCGAGAGCCGCGCGUUGCCCCGUCGGGCUCUGCACCGCGGCCGGCGCUCCUACCCGGGAUUCGUGGCGCGAACCGAGUGCCCCACGGACGGGCCCACCCCGGUCUUCUUAGAAGCUGUCAGCCCGAACAGCUCAGAACCCACUCAGUCCUCCGUGUCCUGUCAGGUAUCCCGACCGAUGACCUGUAAAUUGGACCGCGUGUGGAUAAAUAGGAACGACGAUAAACCCGUGCGACUGACCAGGGACAUGGGAGACACCUUCAAUGCAACAGUCAUCCUCUUCUGUCCAAUCCCAGAGUACUUUCUGCGGAUUUGGUAUAUCUAUCCUGUGCCUUAUGUAGGGGCCGUGCCUGACUGGACUAAACCUAUGCAAAAGCCACCGGUCACGGUACGUAGAGGUUCAACAGUGUUGACUAUACGCCCAUAUUCUUUCACUUGGGGGGUGUAUCUGUUUAAUUUCUCGGUGGUUGUCACAACGCGGGAACCUGGGGUUCCAAGGCAGAAGGACUCAGACAGAAUCUAUGUCGUCAUUUUUAGACGUCCCCUGAAUGCUGUUAUUUCAGGGCCUUCCAACAUCACAAUUAACUUCACAGAUGGGGUGACUCUCAAUGGAAAUACGUCUUCUGAUCCAGAGGAAACAGACCCUCUAGAGAAAGAGAGGCUUAAGUUUCUCUGGUACUGUACCACAAACCCAAGAGACUAUGAUGGACAAAAAAUAACAGUGAUAAGCAAGGAAGUGUGUCUCCCGGGGCAGGUUGACCUCAAGUGGACAUGGGCCUCUGGUGCUAUUCUCACCCUUUCUCCAGAAACACUUCAAGGUGGCCGUGUAUAUUUUUUCAGACUGGUGAUCCAGAAGACCGGCAGGUCAGCAUUUGCUGAUGCAACGCUGCACGUGCUUCAAGGAGAGCCGGUAGCAAGCAUCUCAUGUAUUGAAAAUUGUGACCAGGUUCUGGUUUUAUCAGAGAGAUUCUCGUUGUCUCUGGAUUGCACAGGUUGUACAGCAGGCCGAGAUGUCUAUCGGUGGUCCAUUCUGACGUCUUCAGGUCAGGAGGUGCCAUUUGACUGGACGGGGCAAACUUCAACAGGACGGCAUGGUGCUUAUGUGUCUAUAAAAGCUUUUGCUUUCUGGAGUUUCAAGGAAGAUAAGUUUUGGAUUUCUCUAAAUGCAGCAACUUGGAGUGGAGUCACCUUGGUCUUAAGGUAUCCUUUCAUUAUUCGCCAUGUCCCUAUAACCACAGACUGCAAAAUUGUUCCAGAAAAAGGAAUUUCCUUCAUUACUCAGUUUGUUGUUAUUUGUACUCAUUUCAAGCAGAAGAACAUUGUUCUUACAUAUAAAAUAAUAGUUCCUGAUGUACAUGGUUUUGGUGAAAUCAGUUCUUUGAAAGAGAAUAACUUUGGAUCCAUCCUGUAUUUGGGGAAGAGUUCCACAUCGCCCCCUUCCUUUCUCCCUGUUGGUGUGUUGGACAGUCAUUAUGCCUUGAAAAUAAUUGCUCAGGCAUAUAAUACCUCUCUGGGAGCUUUUUCCCAGGUGAACUUGUAUGCCACUGUGCGGCCUCCCACUGACGUAAAGUCAUCAACGACUGUGCUGGAGGAGUUAUCCAACUUCACCACGGGACCAAAUUCCUCCCUGUCCACUUUGCUUCAACAGCAGGAUUUUCUAAAUGCAAGUUAUUUAAUAUACGUAGUAGCUUCUGUCAUGAAUAGCAUGAAAACUGACGCAAGUCUGCAAGCUGACAAAAUUAAACUCCGAGAACACCUUUUCAAUCAGACACUCAUUCUUCCUAUAAACACUUUGGUGAAUAUUAGCCAGGUGGUCAUGACUAUUACUAAAUUAACAGAAAAAACCUCUGAGAUCAGCGCAUUCUCUCAGAAACUGGCCACGGUGAGGACUUGGCAAGCAAGCCAAGCCCUCCAAGAUAGUCAUCAGAGAGAUAAAAGCAUUUCUUCUGAGCAAAUAGAAAGUGUGUGCACUGGAAUAUUAACAACCUUGUCUAACAUCCUGAAACUGCUGGUUCAUUAUGAAGUGUUCGAGGAGCCUUUCCACGUGGUUGAAUCUCUAGCAGACACGGUACUGGCUGUGAAGGUGCCAGAGAAUGAGACCACUGCCUUGAGGACCUCCAACUUUAAAAUGCAUGUCAAGAAAACCGAAAAGUGGAAUGUUACCAAGUUCUUCAGCACCCAGAAGCACUGUCAGAAUUGUUUUUAUCCCACCCUAAAUGUGGACAGUGUUGCUAGUCUGCCUGCCAACGCUCCCAUCUCCACGAUGUUUUGUGAAUUUGCGGAUGACCCUUUCCCUUGGCUAAAUCAUGGGGAAAACAUUUUGACCCAGGUGGUUGGAUUCCGAAUGACAGGAGUCGAGGUCACGGGUGACGUGAUUGAGAUGCCACCUGAUGCAGUGGAAGUGUACCUCCUCAGGAAAAACCUGAGCUUUGGAACUUUCAAUCUCACGGUGGGACCCAGCUCAGAGCCUUACGCAGUGGAUGAGACAUCGGCAAAGACGACAGGGGCAUUCAGCUUUGUUGUGGACAGUGCAGCAGGGAGGGACGUGUUGAUCCACAUCCUGACAGACGUGUCCGUCUUGUUCACUGUGUCUGUGUACGCAGGCCGUGAGAUCACACCCAACUCUUUUAUGACCAGCUACUUGGUGUCCCAUAAAAUCCCUCCAAUUGCCAAUGAGAGUGACCUGUUUGACCCGGAGUGUCCGGUGAAGGAGGCCCGAGUGGUCUGCCUCCCCGCGGCCCUGGUGCAGGUCAUAGCUCAGCGAACCAAUUCCUCUGAGUGCACCGUCACUGUGGUUCUACAGGCACCUCGUUUCGUCCUAAACCCCAAUAACAAGUUGGUGAGAAUUUCUGUUUUCAGCAUCACGUGCUUGAAUAUGUUUGGGAUCCAGAGCGACUGGAGAGAAGACACCUGCGUUGUGGGAGAGAAGACCACUUGGCAAAGAGUGCACUGUAUGUGCAAGAACCCACGGCGGGCCAAACGGCAGCUGGAUAUAAUCAAACAGGCCAACCUUCGCCUGCGUACCCACUAUUUGAUGGCCAAGGUGAUCGUGGUCCCUAACCCUGUGGAUCUACAACUGGAGGUCAUCAAGAAUGUCACCCAAAACCCUGUGACUCUCUUCACGGUACUUCUCAUUUUGCUGUUGUACUUGAUCCUUGCAUUCUGGGCCUUGCACAGAGAUGAAACGGACCAGUAUCUUAGGGAGCAUGUGAUAGUUCUCCUUGAUAACGAUCCUUAUGAUAAUGUGUGUUACCUAGUCACUGUUUUUACAGGAAGCCGUUGUGGUUCUGGCACCAGGGCCAAUGUCUUUAUCCAACUGCAUGGAACCGAAGGUAGCAGCGAUGUGCACUGUUUAAGCCAUCCACAAUUUACAACUCUCUACCGAGGAAGCAUCUGCACUUUCCUCCUAGCGACACAAAAGGACUUGGGCGACAUACAUUCCCUCCGCGUGUGGCACAACAAUGAGGGCAGGUCCCCUGAAUGGUAUUUAAGUAGAAUCAAAGUGGAGAAUCUGUUCACCAGACACAUCUGGCUCUUCAUGUGCCGAGAAUGGCUUUCUAUAGAAUCCUCUUUGGACCGUACCUUUCAAGUUACCCCCCCAGAUAAGCCUCUCAAGAAAAUGGACUUUUUCCUCAUAGAUUUAAAUUAUAACCUAGGGAAAAACCACUUGUGGUUCUCCGUUUUUUCUGGUGUCAUUUCUACACCGUUCAACAGGCUCCAGAGGCUGUCCUGUUGCUUAGCAAUGUUGCUGUCCACGCUUCUGUGUAAUAUUAUGUUCUUUAGUCUAGAGAAGGAGAUUGAAGCCGAGCCACAAGAGCGGAGGUACAUCAGGUCAAUGGUGAUCGGAUUGCAAAGUGCCUUUAUUACGCUCCCUGUACAACUAGUGAUCACAUAUUUGUUCAUUUAUUCCCAGAGGAGACCUCUUGUAUCUCUAGAUGAGGUCACUCCUCGGAAGCAUCCUUUGAAGCCAGCUGCAAAUGAACACUGGGAAGAACGGCUGGGAAAGUGGCAUGUUUACGAAAUUGACAAGGCACACUCCCAGCAGCCUGAGAAGUCUAAUAUACAUCCUGCAAAACACAAGUCUUCUGUCAAGGUCACCUCUAAAGGACAGCCCCCGCCCAAGCAAGCAGAAAGCAAGGUCUCUGGCUCCCCAAGGAAGAUAUCAGGCACCAAAAGCAAGGUCUCCAGGCCCCAAAGAGAUGAAAAUAAUAAAAACACCAACAACCCAAAUGUUGAAGACAAUCAAAGCAUUUCUUCCGAGGAUCUGCCUCCCCACCCAGGUUCGCGAGCCCUCAAAGAGAAGCCCAGGAUGGUCCUGCCGCUGUGCUGUGUUAGUGUGGCCUGGCUCUUGGUUUUCCUUACCUGUGCAGUAUCCUCCUUCUUCAUCAUAUUUUAUGGACUGACUUACGGCCUCGAAAAGUCAACAGCAUGGCUGUUUGCAUCGUUCUGUGCGUUCUCUCUGUCAGUCUUCCUAGUGCAGCCAUCGAAAGUCAUACUUAUGUCAAGCUACAGAACAAGUACAUCCAAGUAUUCAAAGAACCUUUCAUGGAUCAGCAACUAUCGCUUCACUGAGAUUAGGUUGCAAAACCUCUGGAAGGACCCAGAAGAAAUGGACAGACGCCACCAGUUUGUCAUGGAGCUGCGAAACUCAAGGAUGUACCAGCCUCUCACCCAAGACGAAAUCACGAUAUUCAAAAGAAAGAAGAGGGUCAAGCGAAGAGCUUUCCUGUUCCUUAUUUACAUCCUCACUCACUUCAUCUUUCUGGCUCUCUUGCUGAGCCUAGUCGCCGUCCUGCGCCCCACUGACAGCUUUUACUAUAAUCAGUUUAUUCGGGACCAGUUCUCUGUGGAUCUGGCAGGCGUGGCCAGGCUGGAAGACAUCUAUCAGUGGCUGAACAGGGUACUGUUGCCUCUGCUCCACAAUGACCUGAAUCCCACGUUUUUCCCUGACAGCUCCUCUAAAAUCCUUGGCCUGCCACUGAUGAGGCAGCUGAGGGCACAACCUGGAGAGAUAACGUGUCUGCCGGCCAAGAAACUUGUGGAGGGCAGCCUCAAAGGAGAGAUUCGCUGUCACCCCGAAUAUGGCAUUGACCCAGAAGACACAAAAAACUACUCUGGGUCAUGGAAUAGAGUUAGUAAGCGGGACACUGACCAGACGGCCGGAGGGUUUACUUACAGGCCUCCAGAGAAGAGGUGGGCGUACUCUUCCUAUGGGCUGCUGCACACCUAUGGCUCAGGAGGAUACGCCUUCUAUUUUUUUCCAGCAGAGCAGCAGUUUAAUUCCACACUGAGGCUCAGCGAGCUCCAGAAAGGCCACUGGCUGGAUGAGAGGACCUGGUCUGUGAUAGUGGAACUGACCACCUUCAAUCCAGACAUCAGUCUCCUCUGCAGCGUCUCGGUCAUCUUCGAGGUCUCUCAGUUAGGUGUUGUGAACACAAGCCUGCAUGUGCACUCCUUCUCGCUCGCUCAUUUCAACAGAAAAUACUCAGAAGAAAUCUACUUGUAUGUGGCCAUCUACCUUUUCUUUCUCGCCUAUAUUGUCGAUGAAGUCAAUGUCAUCACGGAUGAAUGGACUGCCUAUGUGAAAAGUGUAUAUAAUUGGCUCAGCUUUACUCUUAAAUUCUUCCUUACCUUGUGGAUCGUGCUCUUUUUCAGGAAGCACUUCUUGGCCAUCGGUGUAGUUCGGGCUUACCUGUCAAAUCCCGAGGAUUUCAUUCCCUUUCACGCAGUGGCUCAAGUGGAUUACACCAUGAGGGUGAUUCUGGGUUUCCUGGUGUUUCUGACGAUCCUGAAGACGCUCCGGUAUUCCAGGGUCUUUUACGAUGUGCGUCUGGCUCAGAGGGCCAUCCAGAUUGCCCUUCCUGGCAUCUGCCACAUGGCAUUGGUGGUGUCCGUGUAUUUCUUUGUCUUCAUGGCAUUCGGGUACUUGGUGUUCGGGCAGCAUGAGUGGAACUACAGUGACAUGAUCCACGCCACCCAGACCAUAUUUUCCUACUGUGUCUCAGCUUUUGAGAACACGGAAUUUUUCAAUAACCGGGUUCUCGGGGUCCUCUUCCUCUCAUCUUUCUUGCUAGUGAUGAUCUGCAUAUUGAUCAACUUAUUUCGUGCUGUGAUUCUGUCUGCCUACGAGGAAAUGAAGCAGCCCGUGUAUGAGGAGCCCUCAGAAGAGGCAGAAGCCAUGACUUAUCUGUGUCACCGGCUAAGAUCUGCUUUUUGCUGCCUGUGCUUCAAACCCAGGGCGGAAGACGAGCCCAGGUUCUUCAUCAACAUGGUGUACGGGCAGCCAGAGAAGAAGAGCCGCCGCUACCUGGGGCUGAAGACCAGAAACAUCAAUGGGAAGAAAAUGGUUUACCUCGUCGUGUGA